AUGCUGUCUUACUUGGAGCCUGAUUACUUCCAUCGGGAGGCAGAAAUGAGCGAGUCAGAAUCACUGGGCAGUAGCAGCAGUGGUUCCGACGAUUUGGCUAUUACCCAACUACUGGCCUCUGUCGCUCGACCAAUCCCGCAGUCGUUCACAUCAUCGCCUUGGGGUUCAGCUGUCUCUCAGCCUAUGCUUGGAGGAUCAUUCGGAUUGGCCCCAACUCCACCAUUAAUAAAUGACCAGGUAGUUAAGUGCCCUCUGUGCCUUGAGCCGUUCCGUGAACCCAAGGUACUAGCGUGCUUUCAUUCCUUUUGUAAGUCGUGCCUUGAAAGACAACUUGAAUCCGCUGAGCGAAUAAUUUGUCCGCAGUGCCACAUGGAAACUCCUUUGAGCAUUCAGCUGGGUCUGGAUUCCUUACUAUCCGACUUCGGCCUGGAAUCUGUCCUCUCCCGUCAAAUGAGUGGAGAUGAGAAGAGCUUGUUAUUUGGUUCACCUAGUUCCACUUCAUCAUCGCCUCCUUUAUCUGAUUCACCAUGUGAUCAAAUUGGGCGGAUUAAUGAUAUGCUCGCAAACCAAUCCUUCCAGCGAAAUACUUGCACUGGUUGCAAAUCUGGAGAAAGAGCAUCAGCAUUCUGCCAAGAUUGCUCACACUAUCUUUGCGCUAACUGCAAAAUGGCUCACCAAUACAUGCAUUGUUUUGAGGGACAUCGUGUUGAAGCCAUUUCUCCCACACCUACCAUUUCUACCACUCCAUCUGCCCCAUCAGAGAAGGCAUCUUGCAAAUGUCUUCAACACAGGACUCAAGUCCUUCGCUAUUUCUGUCUCACCUGCAACGUCGCCAUCUGCCGUGAAUGUGUUCAACAUGAACAUCCCAAGCCAUCUCAUCACUACGAACUCAUCAGCGAGGUAGCCGAGAAACAAAUUUCCAUUUUGGAGCAGCUUGUCGAUGAAUCUCGUUUAAAACAUCAAGAGUUCUUGGAUACCUAUAAGAAGGUUGACACCACCCAGCAAAUGCUGCAAUUGAACUUACAAAGGGCCCACCAACAGUUGGAGGAAAAUGUUCAGAAUGUUAUUAGGGUCAUCGAAGAACACAAAAAGAACAUUGCCAAGGAAAUUGAAUACGCCUAUUCUGGCAAACAGCUUCAAUUAACAAUGGUUGACAAACGUAUUCAACAAUUGUCUGAGAAGUUGGGUCAAACUAUUGAGUUCACUACACGCUUAAUCAGAUAUGCUUCUACCACAGAAGUACUUCUUUUCAAACAACUCUUAGAAACUCGUCUCCGGCUUUUCCUUCAAUAUAACCCUGAUGUUUCGAAUGUCUUAACUUCUCCAGUAGACAUUGAAGUCCCAGCUCUCAAUUGCUCGCAGGCCAAGCAAUCGAUUCAAGCUUUAUUGGGCCAUGUACGUGGUUCAACAGAAUGGCCAGGAAUCGUUUCUUCAGCUCAAACGGGUAUGCCCCCAACCCCUAUCGGACGUCCACCAAGUCGUCAGAUGCUCGGUCGCUCACCUCCUCUCGCUCAUUCAGUGCCUACUAUUAGUUCUAUUGCUCCAUUUUCUGAUUCUAAUCUUCUUAACCCAAAGAACGACUUUGGAGGUUCCAGUCAAUCACUUGGACCAUUCAACGACGCUUUCAAUCAAUAUGAUAAGUGGUCUAUCGGAGUUGAGCCAAGCUUAGGGCUCUUGGAGUCGAAUAAUACUGAAGAUGCUAAAAAUGAUGCUCUCUUCACUCCUAGUCGUUCUCAAAUCAAGCGCCAGAAGAUGAUUUACCAUUGUAAAUUUGGUGAAUUCGGAGUAAUGGAGGGACAAUUCACUGAGCCUUCAGGAGUUGCUGUUAAUGCUCAAGGCGAUAUCAUUGUUGCUGAUACAAACAAUCAUCGAAUCCAAGUUUUCGAUAAAGAGGGCCGCUUCAAGUUCCAAUUCGGAGAAUGCGGAAAGCGUGAUGGUCAAUUACUCUAUCCCAACAGAGUUGCUGUUAAUAAGAUCACUGGUGAUUUCGUUGUCACUGAAAGAUCCCCAACACACCAGAUCCAAGUAUACAAUCAAUAUGGACAAUUUAUGCGUAAAUUCGGAGCCAAUAUCUUGCAACAUCCUCGUGGUGUAUGCGUUGACAACAAAGGACGCAUUAUUGUUGUUGAAUGCAAGGUGAUGCGGGUCAUCAUCUUCGACAUGUUCGGCAACAUUUUGCAAAAGUUUAGUUGCUCUCGGUACUUGGAGUUCCCCAAUGGCGUUUGUACUAAUGACAAGAACGAAAUUUUGAUUUCCGACAAUCGCGCUCAUUGCAUAAAGGUCUUCUCCUAUGAAGGUCAUUACUUGCGUCAAAUCGGUGGUGAAGGAGUCACUAAUUACCCUAUCGGAGUCGGAAUUAACUCCAUGGGAGAUGUUGUAGUAGCUGACAAUCAUAACAACUUCAACCUUACUGUGUUCUCGCAGGACGGAACCAUGAUUGGCGCUCUCGAAUCUAAAGUUAAACAUGCACAAUGUUUCGAUGUUGCUCUUGUAGACGAUGGAUCUGUGGUGCUGGCAUCAAAGGACUAUCGCCUCUACUUGUAUCGCUUCCAGCAAGGACAUUCAACUUCUUCCUCAGCUGCUGCUGCUGCUGCUAUCGCAGCUUCAAUCUAA